ACGCGGGCGGCGAUUGGCUCUUCCCCGAGGUGCAUUGUGGGUAAGGAGGGUCCUGGGACCUCACAGCGUUUCAGCCCAGCCAGCAGCAGCUUCAUGGCGGCCAUUGGAGUCCACCUGGGGAGCACGUGCGCCUGCGCGGCCGUUUAUAAGGAUGGGCGUGCAGACGUUGUCGCCAAUGAUGCUGGUGACAGAGUUACUCCUGCAGUUGUUGCAUUUUCAGAUAGUGAAGAGGUUGUUGGCCUGGCAGCAAAACAAAACAGAGUGAGAAAUCUUUCAAACACAGUCGUGAAAGUGAAGCAAAUUCUUGGGAGAAGCUGUGGAGAUCCUCAAGCUGAAAAAUAUAUUGCAGAAAGCAAAUGUUCAAUCAGUGAAAAGAAUGGAAAAUUAAAUUAUGAAAUAGAUGGAAAAUUUGUUUCCCCAGAAGAUGUUGCAAAAUUGAUCUUCAGUAAGAUGAAAGAAACUGCUCAAUCUGCUUUGGGUUCAGAUGUCAAUGACACUGUUGUUACAGUACCAUUUGACUUUGAAGAAAAGCAGAAGAAUGCCCUUGGUGAAGCUGCAGUGGCAGCUGGACUUAAUGUUCUUAGGCUGAUUCAUGAACCAUCUGCAGCUCUUCUGGCUUAUGGAAUUGGGCAAGAUUCACCCAGUGGGAAAAGCAAUGUAUUAGUUUACAAACUUGGAGGAACAUCCCUGUCUAUCACAGUUAUAGAAGUGAACAGUGGACUGUAUCGUGUACUUUCCACCAACACAGAUGACAGCAUAGGUGGUAUUUAUUUCACAGAAGCCUUAGCACAGCAUCUAGCUUCUGAAUUUCAGAGAUCUUAUAAAUAUGAUGUGACAGGAAACCCCAGGGCCAUGAUGAAGCUCAUGAACAGUGCAGAAGUUGCAAAGCACUCUUUAUCAACGCUAGGAAGCGCAAACUGCUUUGUCGACUCCCUCUAUGAUGGUCUGGAUUUUGAUUGUAAUGUUUCCAGGGCCAGAUUUGAACUUAUUUGCUCUGCACUUUUUCACAAGUGUAUAGAAGCCAUCAAAAAACUUUUACAGCAAGCUGGACUUAAGCCAGAUGAUAUCCAUAAGGUAGUUCUCUGUGGAGGAUCUGGUCGUAUACCAAAACUGCAACAGCUGAUCAAAGAACUUUUCCCAGCUGUUGAACUACUGAACUCUAUUCCUCCAGAUGAGGUCAUUCCUAUUGGGGCUGCCAUAGAAGCUGGGAUCCUGCUUGGAAGAGAGAAUACCUUCUUAGAUGAUGAGAUGCUGUCUAUUGAAUGUUCGGCAAAAGAUAUCUUAAUGAAGGCAGUGGAUGAAUCAGGGGAAGACAAAUUCAUGGUGGUGUUCCCUUCAGGAACCCCAUUGCCCGCUCGAAGGCAGCAUACUCUACAAGCCCCAGGAAGCAACUCCUCUGUCUGCUUAGAACUGUACGAGUCUCUGGAAAAAAGCCUGGUAAAAGAAGAUGACAAGUUUGCACAGAUUGUACUCCAGGAUUUAGAUGUAAAAGAAGGUGGUCUCCAUGACAUUCUAACUGUUUUAACAAUGAAAAGGGAUGGCUCAUUGCAUGUUACCUGCACUGAUCAAGAUACUGGAAAAUGUGAAGCCAUUACUGUGGAAGUAGCAUCAUAGAACAAAUUCCAGAUGAAGAUGGUUCCAUCUGACUGCUGGAGUUCCCUCAAAUUCAUCUUUAAAAAGGGUAUCAAUGGAAGAUGCAAUAUUUUAUAGUACAAUAAAUAUGAACAAUUGUUAAAAAUCGCAUCUGCACAGUUUUUUUAAAGGGGGAAGUUGACAAUACACAUUCCGUGAUGAGCUACAGAAAAGAAAAUGUGCAGGAGAUAUGUGUAUCAGCAUAUUAUAUACAAAACCCACAGAAUAAAGGGAAGGGGUUUGUAGAACAAGGUAUGUCUCACAAGGAUGAGAAUAGUUGCACAAAAACAAGAUGUUAACCUGCUGUAACUGGCAUUGACUUUUGUGAAUAUGAAUUGGAGAGUAUAAUGAAUAUUUGUUAAUGUGAAUAGUAAUAAAAUGUAAUGUUUUAUAUUGA